AUGGCGACCCACAGUCCCAGCAUUGUGAUGCCAUCAUUGAUAUUUGUGGGAAUGUGCAGUUUCUGCGUUGAAAUGUCUUACGGCCCAGAUUUGAGACAAGUCACUGACUGUAGGAUCACAUGUCCUGAAGUCAGCAAAAGAUCACCUUUCUGUUUUCAUUCUUGUGCUUAUUCUGACCGCUCUAUCACUAAAAUAGAAGGACAUCUUCAUUUAGGAAAUUCAGGGUUUGAGACUCAGUCACUGAGGCCUAUGGAAUUACUAGUUGAACUUUUCCUCGAUGGCUCCUUAGUGCAAAAGGAAUUUUUGGAUUUGCUUAUGGGUAAAGUUGAGGAGAGUUCAGGGUCUUUGCAUGUGUGCUGUCGAGAUCUGCAAGUUGAUAAAUUGCAUAACUACAAAUGUUCCCUGAAAUUUCUUGAUCUCAAGUGUGUUGAUCAGUUUUCUGUUGGUAAGGGCUCAUUGAGCUAUAUCAACAACAUCCUGUCUCAGAUGGCCCACCUACAAAGCCUUAGCCUGUUUAAAGUCCCUUUUCGAUCUCAGAGGGGAAAAGUCUUUAAAAAUUUCCUCAGUCACCUGCAGCAAAUGGAAAACCUCAACGAACUCAAUUUGGCUUCAUUCAACCUUAAAAAUCGCCUGGACAAAGUGCUCAGAUUCAUACAACCUGGUUUGGAUUUCUUGUGUCUGCCAUUCUGUAAUCUCUUGUCCAGAGACUACCAAUUUCUGUCUCAGAGUCCUCAGGCCAUCCACCUAAAGCUCUUGAAUCUUAGUAACAACACAAUGUAUUGGAAUGAUUUUGGGCCUAUUUGCACUCUUCUAGUAAAUCUGUCCGGUACUCUUCAGAUUCUAGAGCUAAAUAAUUGUCAUAUAACUGAUUCUGCAAUCUCUGUUCUUAUCCCUGCCCUAAUUAGAUGCACCCAUCUCCCUGUCCUGGGCUUUGCAUCUAACCCCAUCACAAUGCUUAUCCUUGUGAAUAUCAUGAAUAAUUUAACACCUUUGAUGGAGCUAAAAUAUGUGAUUUAUCCUAUCCCUGUACAUUGCUUUGGUGAAUGGCAUUUUCAGUGCAGUUUAGACAGAAGGAAGCUUGCCAUUGUACAGCUACAACUGAAGACAAUGCUAGAGCUUGCGCAGCGCAAUGACAUGACAUGGAUCACUUACACAGAGUAA